AUGAAACUAAAGCCGAACACUCAGGCUAUAAACACAGUCAGCUCAGAAGCACGGCCACAAGCCGCGGGGAGCUCAAUACUUAACAGCACGGUCACAGAGCGCCGUGGAUUUAACAUGAAAUCGACGACGUUGUCCAUAUUGCUGGGAUUGUUUGUGGUGGCAGCGAUGACUCUUCCUGACGUGAAUGCUUGGACGGGCAUCAUAGGGGCGUCUGCGCCAUCAGGGGAAGAGGAGGGCGGCAAUCGUUUAGCACACCUUUUCUAUAAGAGGCUGGAUAGCUUAAAAAGACUCAAAGCGAAAGCAAGACCCCAGAUGUACCGUUACCAAGAAGUGACCAACACGUGACCUACAUCUAACAGCCUAGAGAGAGUUCUGUUGCGCGUGCGCACGGCAUGUGAUCACGUGACCUGUGCUUCUGCUAACAUAAGGCUGAGAAAACAAAAACUUAUGAUACUUAUUGAUUACUUACAAUACUUAUGAUCUAUUUAUUGAUUUGUGAUUACAUGAUGAUUGAAAAGUUCAUAAUUUUCGCAACUGGAAUUAAACUUGAUAAAUAAA